ACACUCACAUCUGCAGUGCAGGCUAGUGGCGGGGGUCUGGGUGAGCUCGAGCUCAUUUUUUUUUUUUCGUUUUUGCUCGCGCAUCUUUAAUCUAAAACAGCCUGGCAUUGAUGCCAUAAGCGCGCGUUCCCGGUGCAGAAGGGCGCACGGCAGAGCGACAGAGAGACGUAUUGCAGAUUACUGUGAAUUAAAGGCGCGAGCUCACUGAAGAUUAAUGCAGGAAAAAGGACAUGAUGUGACACGAGACUGAAGCGCAGUGCGAGGCUCUGGAUCCGCGCGAGCUGUUUAUCUGCAGAGAUUCAGGACCACGGAGAGCAGCACGGCGCGCGCAUCAACACACUCCCGAUCAGUAGCAGCAGAUAAUGCUGAAUAAGAGAAGCGCGCUCUGAGCGGUCCCAUCAAGGCACAUCUCAUCUUUACAUGGCCUAAAGCUCCACCCCCUGAGGCAUCAUGGGUACUGUCCUCUCUGCCUCCCCGAGUUACCGCAAAGCUGGUCUGUUGGAUGAAAUCCCACCUAUGGUGGGUCACUACACUGCUGUCCAGAACAGCAAAAAUGCCAAAGACAAAGGUUUAAAGCGACAGUCUCUGAUCAGUGUGUUGCCAUGGAAGCGGAUUGUGGCUGUUUCAGCAAAGAGGAAAGGUUCUAAGAAGCUCUCCUCUGGAGACAGUCAGGAUGAGACCAGCGAAAAUUUGAACACACAAAACCUGAAAAAGUCCCAGUCCUGUGCUAACCUGUCCUCAUUCACCCAGGAAACAGCAAUCAGCUCCAUCCCGUCAUCCAAAACCACCAGCAGCGUGGUCACCACUGGCAAGCGGACGUCCAUCAGUAGUGGUGCGGGUCAGGUGAACACUAAUGCUGGCACACCGAAGCGAGUGAUUGUGCAGGCAUCUACCAGUGAGCUGCUGCGGAGCCUGGGUGAGUUCCUGUGCCGCCGGUGUUUCCGGUUGAAGCGGAUGACCCCUGCCGACCCGGUGCUGUGGCUACGGAGUGUGGACCGGUCACUCCUAUUGCAGGGCUGGCAGGACCAAGGCUUCAUCACCCCUGCCAAUGUUGUCUUCCUCUACAUGCUGUGCCGGGACGUGAUAUCAGCAGAGGUGUCGAGUGAGCGCGAGCUUCAGGCUGUCCUUCUCACAUGCCUGUACCUGAGCUACUCUUACAUGGGCAAUGAGAUCUCAUACCCACUGAAGCCGUUCCUGGUGGAAGCAGAGAAGGAUGCAUUCUGGGAUCGCUGCCUCGAUAUCAUUGAGCGCAUGAGUGCUAAAAUGCUACAGCUCAACUCUGAUCCACAUUACUUCACUCAGGUGUUCGCUGACCUAAAGAACGAGAGCCAGAAGGAAGAGCAGAGUCCACUGCUGAUUGGCCUUGAUCGGUGAAGGACACAGCUGGGGGCGGGAAGGGGUUAGACAGAGACUUUAUACACUUCUGUUCUUUUUUUAGUUCACUUAAAGCAAGAACUAAGUUAAAAACUAGUGUAUUUUCUCAGUAAACAAAACAUAGUUGAUCAGACUGCUUCUAUAGUUUCAAACUGGAGCUACAGGUCUAAUGUAUCUAAAAAACAAAAUAACCAUAUACCUCAUCAAUUAGCAUGGUGCUCAAUCCUCAGACUUUUUACCAGACCUGAUCAUGUGCUUUCUGAGAACAUGCGACUGUUAUUUAUUCAUCACUGAUCAUAAGGUGGUUCAGGAAGUGGAGGUCUUACUGAUGCAGAAAAGAUGAGAUGAGAUGCCACCUCAGCCCUGUUAAAUUCCUGCACACCCCAUAAGAGGCCUGAUUUCUAAAUAGAGUUGACAGUGGAUGUGCUCUUACUGCUGUCAGUUGGUUCAGCUAGAGAAUCUCUAAUCAGUGAUCUACUGCAGUGCCAUCUGAACAUUGAAAUGCAAUAAUAAAACUGACAGAAUAAGCACCAGUUUAAAUGUUAGUUUUGGAUUUUAAUCCAAGAAUAGAAUUCAUUUUUGUCUGGGCAAAGAAAAGAAAACACUAGAACACUACCCUAAUGCUCUGGUCAAUAUUUUGAAUAAAUGAGCUAAAUUGUAAAGGGCAGUUUUCUAAACAGGGAUUAAGCCCGAGUCUUGAACAACAGCAUUUCUGAAUGGAAUCUCAAAACUUAUCCAGAAAAGGCUGAUAUUCAUUCCAGCCAAUCAAAAGUAAAUAUUGUUGUUUAUUUAAAGAUUGACCAACUGAUUAAGCAAGUGGAAUGAGGUGUGCUGCUGAUUGUUUAGAAUCUAAACUUGCAGAUUGGAUAUCCCUGAUCUGCAUCAGUACCCACACAAACACUAAUAUGAACACUUACAACAGUACCAUCACCAUCACUUGUUAAGCUUCCAUUACAUAUUAGAUACAUAAGCCUCAUAGCUUCAGUUUGAAUCUAAAUGAACAGAAGUGAUUGGGUGUAGUCGAUACAGUUUUGAGUGAACUUGCAUUAAAAAAGCAUAGGUGUAACUGAAAAAAAUCUAUUUUACAACAAACCACACACACACACACAGCUGAAAGAGUGCAUAUGACCGCAUGUUCACUCGGACUUGAGCCAUACUGUUACCAUGGAAACAAGCAAAUUGUCAGUGUUAUGGUGUGUCUCUUGCUCUCCUGCUGCAGACCCCUGAGAAGACCCCUGUUAAAGCAUACACACCGCUGAACAAGAAAGAGGAGAGAAAAGACUGAAACUAAAUGUCUUAAUUAACUGAAGCAGAAUCAAAGCAAACAGUACCUGAUCAGAGCAAUGAUGGGAUGAGGACCAGGGUGUGUCAGGUGCAGAUGUGUGCAGGCUGGAUGCUCUGUUUCCUGUGGUGCGUGAUUAUGUAGUCAUCAGUCUUAUCUGGGUGUUUAUUAAUGCAUGCUUACAGAAUACAUCAUAUUUUAAAUUUCACUCCAUUUUCCCAGUUCCAGAUACAUGGGCCAUGUUGACCUUUAGGUCAGGAGACUGAUGACCCAUCUGGACUUUGCUAGGUCAGUAAACUCUGUUAGAUCAGCAUUUGUGUUUCUCAUAUUAUAGUUCUGAUGUUGUGGAUCAUGGUUUAUUAAAUCUGUACUAGAUUUCAACCUGACAUUACAUUACUCUCUUUUCAGCAUUGAGUAAACACUGAAAGUACAACCCUAAAUCUGUAAGCAAAAUGCUCAUUUUAAUAAGCACGGGGUUUCUCAGCAUUCUUUUGGCUUUUAUUUGAUUGCAGAUGGGAUGAACACAAUAUAUAUUUCAUGUUUAAUCUUAAUUUAAUAAUAAAUGUGCAUUCCUGCAUAGUUUUUUUUAUUUCAGUAUUCUCUCACAUCUCUACUGGGGAUGGGUCUGGAUGUACAGGCAGGCUUGUUCACUACCUGUACCGUCUUAUUCCACAACCAUGCUGUUUUAAUGUGUGAGUCGUAUAGUUUUGCACUGUCUUGUUGAAAACUACAUAGAUGUCCUUGGGCAAACACAGAAUCAACGGAGAUGUAGAAAAACACAAAACCACAUGCUAGACACAUGGUAAACAACCAGAUAGACUGAAAAACACAGCAAAACAGGGAAGAGAAAACCAGCUGCAAGUGAGAGAGCCUGAGAGCCGUACUGAAAUUCCACCGAUUACUUGAUCUUGCUGUACUGUAGAGGGGAAGCAAAUUCCUUCCAUGUUUUCUUUAAGGAACAUAGUUUUUAUAUUUAAAAAAAUUCGAAUUUACUCCUCAGGACGUGGAUUUCAUUCGUUUUUUUCCUAAUUUUUCCUCAUUACCAAUAUUUUCUCUGUCUCAAACUUUUUGUAAUGUGUUGCAGGCCUGAAAUGCAGGGACAUUUUUUAUAUUAACAAAUGUACUAAAGAUGACCAGAUUCAUUCUGUCUGCAAUCAAAUUAAGGUCUAAGUGAAUGUGAGAAACAAUGUAGCUAUUUUGCAUUUUGCUUUCUGUGCUGUUCAAAAUAUAAAUAUAAAUAAUUCAGAGUCACAUACUGGCAGUUAGAACCUCAACCAAGUUAGGGUUCUAAGACUGUAUUUACAUCAGUUCUGUAUGAAGACAGAGGUUUACCCCCUACCCCCUUCACUACACUACAGGUGCUCUACGGGAUCCGUACAGCACUAAAAAUGGGUUCUUUGACUUUGUAGGGCACCCUAUCAGGAUUUCAGCCAAAACAGAAGCUUCAGCUACCAGGGGUCUGGGUUAGUCAGAGCAUGUGGACAGAGCCCAGCAGUGUUACUGACCUGUCCUGAGGCAUAACCAGGAUAUGUUGGUUCCUCCACAAUACCUAGAACCUGCAGUGUAUUACAGCUUUGGAACUUCUGCACAGAUCAUAAAUUAUGGAGGUUAAACAAUUUUGUUGGAAUAUUUGGUCUUUUCUGAGAAUUUCACUAAUGGAAUUAAAUAUCCAAUAAAAAAGAGCUGUAAAUGCAACUCUGACUGCUUAAUAUGAACAGUAAUAUAUAUCUGUAAACGUACAUUACUUCUUUUGUGAUGUAAAUAAAUUUAAAAAUCAGUAAUUAUGAUUUCUGUACAUAGUUUGAAGCAGAUUUUAAUUUGUCAUGUCUUUAUUAAACAGGAGUGAUUAAACAGUGUUACAGCUUUUAUGAUAAAACAGUGGCUGUGACUAAAAUGAAUCCUACUUCCUCAUUACAGGUGGUUUUAUGGAUAGAAACUCAAUCUUCUGAAUUUAACCACAAGUAUUAAGCUGUCCAUGAAUACAUCUUUGAGUCAUAUGUUGUUUACAGUGGUGUGAAAAAGUGUUUGCCCCUUCCUGAUUUCCUGAUUCUUUGCAUGUUUGUUAAACUUAAAUGUUUUGGAACAUCAAACCAAUUUAAAGAUUAGUGAAAGACAACACAGGUAAACACAAAAUGCUAUUUUAAAUGAAGAUGUUUAUUAUUAAGGGAGAAAAAAAAGUUAAACCUACAAAACCUACAUGGCCCUGUAAGAAAAUGUGAUUGCCCCCUUGUUAAAACAUACCGGAAUCCAGCGAACCACAGUGAGAGCCAUUGUCCACAAACGAUGAAGAAAAAAACACUGCAUUCCAGAAAAAGAACAUCACAUCAACAGUAAAACAUGGUGGUGGUAGUGUGAUGGUCUGGGGCUGUUUUGCUGUGUCAGGGCCUGAAAGACUUGCUGUGAUAAAUGGAACCAUGAAUUCUGCUGUCUACCAAAAGAUCCUGAAGGAGAAUAUCCGACCAUCUGUUUGUGACCUCAAGCUGAAACGAACUUGGGUUCUGCAGCAGGACGAUGAUCCAAAACACACCAGCAAAUCCACCUCUGGAUGGCUGAUGAAAAACAAAAUGAAGACUUCAGAUUGGCCUAGUCAAAGUCCUGACCUGAAUCUGAUUGAGAUGCUGUGACAGGACCUUAAAAAGGCCGUUCAUGCUCGAAAAAACUCUAAUGAGGCUGAAUUAAAACAAUUCUGCAAAGAUGGGUGGAGCCAAAAUUCCUCCACAACGCUGUAAAAGACUCAUUGCAAGUUAUUGCAAACGCUUGGUUGCAGUUGUUGUUGCUAAGAGUGGCCCGACCAGCUAUUAGGUUUAGGGGCAAUCACUUUUUCACACAGGGUCAUGUAGGUUUGGAUUUUUUUCUCUCUUAAUAAUAAACUCCUUAAUUUUAAAAUAGCAUUUUGUGUUUACCUGUGUUGUCUUUGACUAAUAUUCAAAUUGGUUUGAUGUUCUGAAACAUUUAAGUGUGACAAACAUGCAAAAAAUCAGGAAAUAAAGAAGGGGGCAAACACUUUUUCACAUCACUGUAGAAGCCUACUCAACAAAAUAUGUGAAACGUAUGGCAUCAAGCGGUUCGUAACAACCGCUGGCUUAUAUGUAUUGGCAAAUGUCUGUUAAUGACAUUCAAAAAAUAACUCUUGAGAUGAAUUUCACUGUGAGCAAUAUGAACAUGGGAAAAAUUGGAACUACACAAAGCUGUUGUGGAACAAAAACAUCUGUCUCAAAGCAGCAAUGUUUACCUAUUUAAACAAAUUAAAUUACAACAAUUAAGUAACUUACUAAACUUAGGAUGUCUAAACACAUUUUUAAUAAAUGUACACACACUGAAUUGCUUUUAUCCAAUUACAUUUAAAUAAACUUUAAAUGUAUUUUUUUUAACUAUUACCAUAAAGCUUAAUUACAUUAUAGUGAAUAACUGGUCACUUCAACAUUCAGCCAACCUAAAGUCACAAUUAUGCCAGAUUAUAUUUCUGCAUUGAAUCGGUGCUGAGCUGUGACCAAAGUUUGAGCGGACCAAGCAAAAGUUUUUAUGGCAGGUGACCAAGAUCAUCAGAUUGUACUAUACAGCAUUUGGUAGCACAUGCCUGGUAACGUGUCAUGUAAUUCUGCAAGGGGAUUUACAGCUACUUGGACUGCCCUCUAAGCAGGUUUGUUAUCCACUACCUAACCAAGACUCAGGGGUCAGGAGGCAUAGCACAGAACACUAGUUACACACGUUGAAUGCCACCAAAGUCACUCGGCUCUCAGGUAGAGGCUGUCCUUGAGUACGAUCUUAGGAAGACAAGAAGCGUGUGCGCUUUCCUUUUCUAUAUAUAUUCUGGUACCCAACCACCGUGUGGGGGUUAUCCAGCAUCAUAAAACCACAGUUGAACGCGACAUGAAACACAUAGUGGAAGGUAGCCUUGGGAACUACUACACAGAAAGGAGAAGAAGACAUAUCCAUUAAUAAAAUAGAUGGUGCCAAGAGCCAAGCCUGGCUAAGACUUGAGUUUUACUCAUAAAUGUAAAUUAAUCAAGACUCUCCAGAAAUGCAUUCUCAAGCCCCAACCUGCAUAAAUUAGAACUGGGAUCACUGAAUCAUUUUAAACUUUUCGUUUCUGGGCACCAUCAGAAUUCCUGUGAUUGUUUUAAAUUAGUUUUUUUUUAUUAUUAUUUUAGUUUGUCUUUUUCUUAUUAUUUUAAUUUUGGAUUUAUUUUAUUUAUUAACUUAUUUAAUUAUUUUUUAUUCUAUGUUUUUGGUGUAUUAUUCUUUAUUUUAUCAAUACUAUUAUUAUCUUUUUCUACAUUUUAUAUUUUAUAAAUUCUUUACUUUAUAUGUCAAUGUUUUAUAGUCUUUUUUUUAAUUUCUUAUUUUUUACAUAUAUAUUUUAUUAAUCUAUACUAAAUGUCGGUUUAAAAUUGUAUUUCUUUUAUUUAUUAUGAUUUACUCUUUUGGUACUUAUUAUUUCUAAUUUCUUAAUAAAUGUUUUCAAUCCCUAUUAAACUGUAAAUGCUCAGCGGCCUUGUAAAUGAGGGUCACCCUCAACGUAUUCUCGAGUGAAAUAAAGUUUCAUUGAUAAAGAUU